AUGAUGGCCACACCGCCACUAGGUGUGGCGCAGGCCACCGAGCCGGUUUCCUAUGCCAGCCUGGCGCUCACCCUCGGCACCGGAGCCGGCCUAAUGUGGUACUUUGGCCAGCAGCAGGAGAAGAAGGUGGCCAGCCAGACCACCGUGGGCUCCAAGGUGGCAGGCGCUGCUGCCAUCGGCGGCCCUUUCCAGCUCAUGGACCAGCAUGGCAAGCCCUUCAGCGACAAGAACUUGCUGGGCCAGUGGAGCCUGCUCUACUUUGGCUUCACCCAGUGCCCAGACAUCUGCCCCGAGGAGCUGGAGAAGAUCGUGGAGGCCAAGAACCUGGCAGAGAAGGCUACGGGCAAGAGCAUCACCACAGUCUUCAUCUCUGUGGACCCAGAGCGGGAUAGCGUGGCACAGGUGGCAGAGUACGUGAAGGAGUUUGACCCAAAGAUGAUCGGUCUGACCGGAACCCUAGACCAGGCAUGUUUGACUCAGGGGCCCUUGGGGACCAACGCCGCGGCGCGCGCAUACCGCGUGUACCACAGCAAGACGGGGGAUGAGAAGGACUACCUCGUGGACCACUCCAUCAUCACCUACCUGCUCAACCCCCAGGGCGAGUUUGUCACCUUUUUCGGGAAGAACAUGAUGGCGGCGGAGGUGGCUGAGAGCCUGGAGAAGCACCUCCGGGCGCGGUAG